UUUCUGUCAUUUUGUUUUCUGAGAUUAGGUGUCGUUUUUGCAGAGUGUUGAAGGCAUGAGGGAAGAGAGAGAGUGAGAGUAGAAGAGAGAGCAAGAGACAGAAACAAACCUUUUAUUGUGUUUGAGUGUUUUCUAUGUUUCUUUUCCUCCUGAUUAUCUGUCUUCCUCUACCACAGACUCAAAGAUUUUGUGGGAGCGAUUAGAUUUGAAAUGGAUCCUUUUGAGGCUUUAAGUAUUGUGUUUAGUCGAAUUCGGAAGUUAGAACCAGAGAAUGUUUCAAAGAAGAUAAUCGGCUAUAUUCUUGUACAAGAUGGCAGUCAUGAAAUGAUUCGGUUGGCUUUUGGGCCGGACAAUUUAAUCCAAAACUUGAUACACAUAAUCAAAAUUCAACUAGGAUUAGUACCAAAACCAGUUGUUUCGCCUCCGAUUUCACCUUCUAUGAACCUGGACCCCUUUACUCCGUUCUCACCAUUUUCAUCCCGGGUGACGUUGAGGGUCCCAACUCCCUACUGGGACCCACAGGUCAAUCCUGAGCACCAAACAAUGCAUGAUCCCCAUUUCAUACCAGUUGGCUACUCCGAUUCUGUCCCGGAAGAUUUCAGGCUCCAAAAUCGGGCCCAAAUCAUGGGCUUGGAGGAUCGGUUAGAGCCGGUUAAUUCAGGAAUUCCUGCCUUUUCGAGUGAUUAUUAUUACCCAGAAGUGAGAAGCCAACGGUCUCCGACCCUAUCUGAUUUCCCAAUAAAAGCUUGUCACUAUUUUAAUAAGGGGUUUUGUAAGCAUGGAAGUAACUGUAGGUACUUUCACGGACAACCUUUUCCUGAGAGCUUCUCUCCGAUGUUUAGCCCGGGUUCGAAUGAAAUUGCUAAUGAUGAUCAUAUGUUUUUGCCCGGUUCACUUGAAAAGUUGGAAUUGGAAAUUACUGAGCUCUUGAAAUUAGGAAGAGGCAGUCCCAUUUCAAUUGCCUCACUGCCCAUGUUGUACUUCGAGACAUACGGGAGGACUCUUCAGGCCGAAGGGUACCUCACAGAAAGCCAGAGGCAUGGUAAAGUGGGUUAUAGUUUGACAAAGCUCAUUGCCCGAUUGAAGAGCAGUGUGCGGCUGAUUGACAGACCUCACGGGCAGCAUUCAGUUAUACUGGCAGAAGAUGCACCGAAGUAUAUGGAAAACCGGGGUGAAAGAAAUGAUCCGGGCCCAAUUGUUAGUGGAUCACGGCAAAUAUAUUUAACUUUUCCGGCUGAGAGCACUUUUACUGAGGAAGAUGUUGCCAACUACUUCGAUACCUUUGGGCCGGUUCAAGAUGUAAGAAUUCCUUGCCAACAGAAAAGGAUGUUUGGGUUUGUUACUUUUGCUAAUGCAGAUACUGUGAAGAUGAUUUUGUUGAAGGGAAAUCCACAUUAUGUUUGUGGUGCUCGUGUUCUUGUGAAACCGUAUAGAGAAAAAUCAAAGCUUUUUGACAGGAAGUACCUAGAGAAAAUGGAGCCUCUGAUGCAUUACGGUUCACACUUUACAGACAUGGAUUCUGACCUUCACUCAAGAUGGGAGUCCUCCCGGAUGCUCAGGAAGCAGUUUAUGGAAGAGCCGGAAAACGCUCUGGAAAUCCAGACAUGGCGUCUCUCAGAGAUGCAUUUUGCACAAAAAACUCCCACCAAUAACUCCUAUUUUGGCUACUCCAUGGAUGAGGUCAAAGCUUCCGAAGAUCAUUCCAAGUUCCCAUCAGCAGAAAGUUUUACCUAUCUGCCGGAUGUUCUGAAUAGCAGGCCUACAAGUGAUGAUAAUCCCAAGCAUGCAGGGAUCAAUCACGGUGAUCAGGAGAGUGGUCAAGGUCUCAAUCUCCCGGAGAGCCCAUUUGCAUCUCCGAUAGCAAGCAACAUUUCUACAGUCAUAGAUUAAAGCAACAAUCAGAAGAAAUAUAGGGUUCACAGAGUACUGGCUUUGAAACUCAACACCUUUACUGCCAAAGAAUACAGCUCUUUUUUUUUCCCUUUUCCGUUUUCUCGACUAGUUCGUCAGGCGGUCAGUCAGUCAAAACUUCCUGCAAGUACAAACUAGCGAAAGUGAGAAAUAUCAGACGCGUAGAAGAACAUGAUAACAGGAAAGAAAGUACAUGUAAGAAGGUUCUACAGUUUUUGUUUUUUUAAAUGUUUCCACAGAAGGCAAGAGGUCCGAAUAGAAUGUCGUGUAGUCUUUUAUUAGCUGAAAACUAGCACACAUGUAGGGUUUCAGAGAUGUGAAAAUAUGUUUAAUCUCUGUAAAAACCGUGCAAUGGACAGAAAAUACCUUUUUGUG